AUUACUAUAUUACCAUAAAAUUAUAAUUUCAUAGUAAUUCUUGAAUAUACAUUAUAACUCAUGUCCGUAAACUCUGGAAAGAUACACGCAUAUAUUUUAUAGGUAUUUUGCAGUAUUUAAAAUGAAACAAUCAGUCAUAAUUCAUUUUACAUGCAAAACGCGUGAAUCUUUAUUACAAAAGAUACCGUUUCUCGGUAUCAUUACAUCAUAGAAAAAAACUCUAUAGAAUAGGAAUCAUAUUGUAAUAAAUUUCAAUUACGGUGAAUCACGUUAAUUUAGAAUCGUAUAAUUUAGAGUUGUUACAUCUUCAUUCGUCAAUGAAGUCAAAAUUACAAGAUACCAAAUUUCUGAAAUUGAUACUCUGUCCAGUGACGAUCGACUAAUCGAUAAUACGGAAUUAAAUUGUUCGAUUCAUCGAUAGGUGAACGUUUAUUUCCGCGUAGAAUGACAGUUCUACGAGCUAGAUACCAGUGUAGGAGUGUGUGCAAGUACUUGUUCCAUUGUCAUUUGAUCCACGUGAUGGCUGAAAAUUUAUGGUUAUUUUUUUUAUUUCUCCAGGCGUAACUCAGGCCGUCGUUGAUCAUCCUCUGUUUCACUGAUGUCAUCGGCUGCGCGUUAUGGGUAACAAAGGGAAACCGAUUGAAGACACCUAGCGCAAAAGUGAUUCUCCCAUUACGCGGAAUGACUGUGAUUCACUCCGGAAGAAAAUUCUAAAAUUACGUCGUACGCUUUACUCGGACGGUUACUAUUAAUGGAAUCGUAUUUACCAUUGUCAGAAGUCGGAUAGGAGUGUUUGUUAAAUGACUUCGGAAUUGGCAUAGCUAACAUUGACGGCGCAAUGGAAAAAUUCGCUAUCGAUUUGGACAAGGUUUUGGACGAUUUCGAAUUUAACGAAGAUUGCGCAGAACAAAUAGCAUCUGUUAAUCCUUCAGCAAAUAAUGCGUCAUCUUCUUCAGUUAAAUGUAACCUAGAACCUUCAGCUUUGAAGAAUUAUAAUUAUCUUCUGAUAGAACCUAAAAAGGCUAAUAAGGAAUUUGAUAUUAUAUUACCCGUGGAAAGGUGCAAAGAUCUGCAACAAAUAAACACGAAGAAUAAAUGUGUUAAUGAAAAUGACACAGUCUCUGAGAAUCUUAGUUAUAGUACAGAAGCAGCAACAGUAGAAAAUACGGAUGUAAAUCAGUUUUAUACAAAGGAAUGCACAAAUGAUAAUAAGGUGGUACAAAAACAAUCUGUUUCAUCUUACGACUCUGACCAAGUUCCCUUGGCAAUAUAUAACGACAUAUCGCAGAAGGUAAUACAAAAACAACAGAAUAGUAGCAACAGCCCAAAGAUUGACAAUAGGUACGAUAAGAAAUUGAACCAGUUUAAUCUGAAACCUAGCGUUAGUAAUGUUUUUAGCAGUCUAAAUGAAUAUAUUAACGCUCCGCCUGGAAGUUCAGAUUGCAUUAGUUCUGUAUUAAGUGAUUCAGAAAUACAGUCUGAUUUAGAGACUAAGGUAUCUCACUGUCAGAUAAUUCCAAGCGCUGCUAAAGAUAGCGUAGCACUUAAACCGACAGUGGACAUAACGAAUUCAACUAAAGAUAUUCCUGUCACAAGCUAUCAAGAUGACCCAGUAUCUAUAGCAUUACCCAUCCCAUAUGAAACUAAGAAUAUUAAAGAAGAUAUAAACAAUAUUCAUGUAAAGAAUUUCAAGCUAUUGGAGAGUGAAACAGAACUCUCCAAAAAUGUUGCAAUAAACGAAGCUUUUGUUGACUUGAGUGAUGAAGCAAAUAUUGAAAAUGAGAAUUCUGAUAGAGUAAAUCAAGAAAAUAAUUCUGUGCUUGAAUGUUCUUCUGUACAGGAUAAUUAUCAUGAAAAUGAGUGUAGUAUACAGUUACAGGAUAAUGAAAAGAAAUUAAACAUGGAAAGUAUUGAUACAAAUCAGGAACAUGGGAACAGUUUAAAUCAAGUACGUAAACCAAUUGGAUUUAGUAACAUUGAUAAUUUAUCAGAAGAUGAAUUGACCAAAUAUUUAGCUGAAUUAGAAGAAGAAGAGAAAUUAAGGGAAAGCUAUAAUAAGUAUGAAAACAUUAUAAAUAUAACACAAAAUGUUGCUCAAAAUCAAAAAGAUGAAAAUAAGCAGAAUAGCCAAGUUUUUUCAGAUACUAUUGUAGGAGCUUCCAAAAUGAUAGAAUCAGAAUUAAGUGAAAGGAUAGAAAACAUUUCAAUAACUAAUUCUCAGAAAGAAGAAACGGAUAAACAAUUGCAAAGUGUACAACAAUCAGAUGAUCAGUUAAAUAAAGAUAAACACAAAGAUAUUUUAAAUAAUCCAAAUAGUAAAGAAUUAACAUUAUUGCAUACAAUUAAUGUAGUUAAAGAUAAUAAAAUGAAACUAGAAAAUGAAUGUGUGCCUAUUGCAAAGGAUAUUAAAGACAGCCAACAGCAUUCUAUGUACAGUUUAAAUAUUAAUCAGGGAUCACUAAACAGUAGUAAAACAAAAAUACAAUUGAAAGAGCAAAAAGGAAGUUCUACACAAUAUAAUCAAGCUUGUGAUUUAAAAAUGCUAAGCGACAUCGAUAGUACUUCUGAAGAAAGAACUUCAGUGACAUCUGAAGAAAAUAUACUAUCCGACAAUACAAAACAUAGUGGUGACGAAAUGUCUACAUCUGUGGAUGUGUAUACAAAACCAAAUGUGAGUGACACCAGCGACGAUUCAGAGAAGCCAAUACGUCCUCAAACAUUGGAUAUUGUUUUGUCAAAUAAUAGCAGCGAACACCAAGUACUUGGCUCUACAAGUGAUACGCCAUCUUACCAAGUUCAAUCAGAUGUUGAUGGUACAAAGGAAGAGCAAGGAUCUUCGCCGGAUAUUUUAGAGAAUUCUUUGCCAGAAACUAGUUCAGUUUUGGGGAAACAACCACCAUUCUGGGUUCCUGAUAGUGAUGCACCUAGUUGUAUGCUUUGUGAUGUCAAGUUUACAGUACUCAAAAGACGACAUCACUGUCGUGCAUGUGGAAAAGUAUUAUGUAACAAAUGUUGUAAUAUGAAAUAUAAAUUGGAAUAUCAGGGGAACAUCGAUUCACGCGUUUGUGUUUCUUGUUAUCAGCUUCUCACCAAAGGGGAGACAGCCUAAUCCAAAUAAUCCCAUGGAGUACUGUUCAACUAUACCACCCUUACAACAGUUAGCUGGCGGAUUGCCUCCACCUCCCACAGUUAUGGUACCUGUCGGAGUUCUUAAAAGAGAGGAUGGUACAAAAAGCCGACCUGAAAUUUCAAAAUCUGUUAUGUUCAGUGAUGGAAUAAGGCCUGGCUGUGACCUGACAGAACUAGACAUGUCGUGGGAUAUGAAACCGCCGUACCGGAAAUCUGGAAGUAAACGUAUACCAACACCUGGCUCAUCUGCGCCAAGUACAUCUGUCAAAAAGCAGAACUUGCCACGUUUGGACCCAAAUACAGAAAGCUACGUGCCACAGGAUCCUAAUGCUCUCCCACCAACAGUAACAAUACAUAAAGGGCUAAAUUGUUGUGUUAACAAAACAUGUUGGAACGUAACAUCAAAAGGAUUGGAUUGCGUUGGACAAGAUGAAGUUAUAUUGCUAAUCGAAGCACUGCCUGAUGAAACUCGGGUGCCCAAGGAUCUCCUUCUCUUUAUCAACCAAUUACAUCUCGAGGCUAUGAAAGUUACGCCACCACUGAACUAUCUUUAUGCAGGAAACACUGUGUCUGAAUUGGGAUUUUUGAUAUACCAGGGAGGAAAUUUCUUAGAUUCUCGAGAGCAUGCAGGAUUCUUAUUCAUUCGGCAAACGUCGCAGUGCUUGCAGAAAAUUAUAUUACCUCCUGCCCCAUACUUAAUUGGUCUCCUAGUUCACAGGUGGGAAACGCCAUGGGCAAAAGUAUUUCCUUUACGCCUUGUCUUACGGCUGGGCGCAGAGUAUCGUUACUAUCCCUGCCCGUUAUUCUCAGUUCGGUUUCGAGAUGCAUUAUACUUUGAAAUAGGACACACAGUUAUGAAGGUACUGGCAGAUUUCAGAAAUUUCGCGUACACAUUGCCGAGCGUGAGAGGACUGACAAUCCACUUGAGAAACAGAAUGACAGACGUAAUGUUCCCAAGGAAUCGAUACGAUCAAGUGAUCAAAGGUUUAAACAAUUCAAACGAUCACGUAUUAGCAUAUGCUUCAAACUUUAGCAUCGCUGCCGACUCGCAUUUAGUAUGUAUACAAACAAACACCGGUGAUGAAAGCACUUAUCAAACGCAAGCGAUAAGUAUCAACAAUAAUCCAAGAACAAUAACAGGCACCAGCUUUAUCGUUAUUAACGGAGCGUUGAAAUCGUCGAUGGGUCUGUCGGCGAAGUCCAGUAUAGUUGAGGAUGGAUUGAUGGUGGAAAUAAUGCCAGAAAAGAUGGAAGCGUUGAAGGCUGCUCUAAAAAAUAUGCAAGACUUCUCGAUCGGAUGUGGUCGACAAGGAGCGCCCGAGCCAGAUGAAACGGUGAACAUAAAAUGGGUUGAUAAUGACGUGCAGUUCAAUCUUGGAGUGAAAAGUCCUAUCGACAGACAACCGAUGGAUGGUAUUCCUUCAAUCAGAGUACAUAAUGGUAUUGAUUACAAGGGAACGAGUAGAUUUAUUCGAUGGACAGAAGUGUUCAUUAUCAAUUCCGACGAUCAUCCAAAUGGAGUUUACGACCCGGUAGAUAUAAACAAAUUAUCAGGAAAUAUAGCGAAAGCAACGUGUACAGCUUUAGUGAAGUUAUUGGACUUGUUGGCCAAUGCUGGCUUAACGAAACUUGGCGUAAGGACGACUAUUCAUCCCGACAACGUUGGUUAUGAAGCCGGUAGCGAAGGCAUGAAAUUGCCCCCAAUCUAUAUGAAGAGUUUAGACAACGAAUUAAUUCAAGUUCUGCAUAAAGCAGCGCAAAGCAGUCAAGAUACACACACUGUGCUUGAAUUAAUUUUUUAUAUACUCGAUGAUUAAAACACCUUGCUUUGUUCGCUCCAAUUUUGUUAACAAUUUAUAUACAUGAAUAUAAAGUUCGCGACGUUUGUACACGAUCGAAAUGUACAGUUAAAAAAAAUUGGCAGAACCAUUGAGAGAGAAAUAGAUCUUUUAAGGAAAAAAUAUUUUCUAUCCGAGUACUAUCUAUAUAGAUAAUGAAACACACACACACACAUACAUACACACAGCGCUUAUACUAUAAAAAUAUAUCGACUCUUGUUCGAGCAUAAAUAUAACAAGUAUAAAAAUGAGAUAGAGAGAGAGAAAUAGAGAUUAUGAAAUUCAAAGUUGAGAAUAGAUAAUGAAGAUUUAUUUUAUAUUGUAUUAGCUUCAAUCCUUUGGAUUCUGUUUGCUUUUUAUGAGACAAAAAAAAAAAAAAAAAGAAAAGAAAUUAAUGUCACAUUUUUUGUACAUUACAUAUGUACAUGUAAAUUUUAUAAAAAAUAUUGAUGAAAAAUUUCUUGCGACUGAAAUCAAAAUGAAGUAUCAUUAUUUGUUAUGUAAAUAUAUCUGUUUUGUUGCUAUUCGUAUAAUAUGUGUAUAAUAAUAAUUAAUAGUACUUUUCUGUCGAAGGAAUAUUAAAAAAAUAUCAGUGUAACAAACUGAAAGAUUUUUAUUUAUCUUUUUUUGUAUUAUAAUAAGGAGAAAAAUGGUUAAAAUCCUUCAAUGGGAUAUUUUGAAUUAACUUUCUUUUAUAUAUAUAUAUAAGCGUAUGUUAAAUGUUGAAUUUGGCAGAAAGAUAUGAAUUAUUGUUAUUCUAAUUAAGGACUUGAGAUUCAAGCCUGACUUAUUGUGAUCAUAAAAAACUGAGCUAGAGAACUUCUUUGCAUUUCAUCAAAUUUCUGCAACUUUUCUGCUAAUUGAAAUCUAUUCCACUUUAAAGUUGGGCUUAGCAAAGGAACAAAAUUUACAUUUCAAUUGAAGGGAUUUAAAUAUGGAAAUAUUUCUAAUGUGAAUAACACGUCUGUAAUAGUAACUGCUAAUAAUAAUCUGUAAAUAUGUAUAAAAGCUGAAACACAUACAUCUGUUUUAUUAUCAUAGUAUAGAUUUUGUUUUUUUGAAGAUAAUUAACAGUAAUCCGUAGAUGAAGUAUUUCUUUAGUUUAGGAUAUAGCAUUUUUGUGAUAUAACCUUUUAAUUUCGUUUUUUUUUUUCUUUGCUUUUUCUUGUAAUUUUUUGAGAAUCAGAUUAAAUUUUAGAACUUAACGUUUUGCCAGACAAACAGUAGGUAUACGCAAGCCUGCUGAAGUACCAAAAAAAAAAAAAAAAAUAAUUUUUGUUCCAAACUUUCUCUAUUGUUGUAACUAAUUAUCGACGUAUAUAAAUGUUUAUAUUUGUUAUUAAAAAAAAAAUUAGAAAAAGGAAAUCCACAUAUUUUAAAAAUGCAGAAUUUUAUUUUUCGUUGCUUAUAUUGUAAGAAUUGUCACAUAAAAGUCAUAUAAAGUGAUAAAUUAAUUGACUAUAGAAAUUAAGCGUGUAAUUGCAAGGAGUUUCACUUGACCGCGAGGAAUUGUAACACGUUAGACUUUGAAAUGUUUAAUUUGUCAACAUAGGAAACAAAUCGGAUUGACGAGGAAACUGAAAUUUGUAAUUCGCAAAUAAAAAAUUUAUUAUUAGAAAUUUGUGAUUUGUAAAUAAAGAAAAUCGUGUGGGUACGUCUUUGGUGUUCUCAUUUCUUAUUUCUGAUCGCGUUUAAAGAAUGAACGAGAAUUACAAUUAAAAUAUAAAUAUCUUUCUCGUUUACAUAAAAUAUAAUUUUUGUCGUAAAAUAUACAGUGAGGGAGCAUAAACUAUACAAUCAAAAAUUGCCGAUAAUUUUAACUGAUGUAACUUUGUAAAUUAAUUUAAAGAUCAUAAAACGAUUCACUUACAAUUAGUUUCAUUCUACCUUGACACUCGUGAAUUCAUUUUCUUCGAAGAUGAUUUCAUAUUAUAUAGCUGAUGGGAAAGCCAAAAUUGAAAAUUUUCGUGUCCAAAAACAUGAAAACAUUUUUUUGUGCAAACUUUUGUGAUACAAAAAAUUUUGUGGUAUAAAUGAGACCAAAAUUUAUAUUAAUUUAAAGUAUCGACGAUUUUUCAGUUAUGCCCAAUUAAGAAGUAUAUCUUCGUACACUAGAAUUGUUUCUCUCAAACACUGGUCACCUUUUACCACAAAUGAAUAUCAUAUCGAGCUUUUCUUGCAUUGAAUAGUCCGAAUUACGAAUUACUAACAAAUUUCGACACAUUGAUCGGGAUUUCAAACUGCUAGAAGAGAUCAUUAACGACGCAGUAAAUAGUAAACAUGUUUAUUUACAUUUAUUAUUAGGCUCUCGAUCGUUACAUCAUGGCGAAGGUCUGCAAUCUCGAUAGAGAUAAAUUUAUACGUGAACCUUGA